AUGCAGGCCCUUCGUCAAAUAUUCACAAACUCGCUCGGCAUCCCCCGUAAAGUCUUUGUGCGCGCACCGGGCUGCGCGGCUCCGUUCUCUGCCUCUGGAUUCGCCAGAACCGUGCUUCCUGACAGCGCUUCGCUGGACUUGCUCUCCGAACAACUCAAACGCGAUUUCGACUUUUACUCUGAACAUACUCGAGACCCUCUCUUCAGAGUUAUACCCAAAAAGGAUGACCAUACACCUGAUGAAGACACUCUCGCUGCUGCUCGAAUCCCGGCACAUGAGUAUGCAUCAUGGACCAGCAAUCUACGGGAUGGGAGCUUUUCAGAUAUAGCUCACCAUCUUGAGCGGGAUAAUCACGAUACCGUUGCUGCUGUUGACCCUAUGGACAGCAGCCUAACACCAGCAGAAGAUGGGGAAACCCCCUCUUUCAUCCCCGUCUGGGUCCUACUGGGUCUUUCGCGUGCAUUACGGACCACAGACGAUGCGCAGAGGUUCUCAUACCUCCUCCUUGCGGCCGUUCCUCGUGCACCCGAGCUCUAUCGCCCAGUCUUGCUCUUGACGGCCAUACGGGCAUCACUCGCCCUGGGUGCUUAUGCGCCUCUGGCGCGUCUGGUCACCGUUCUUUGUGGCCUUUCCAUCUUCCAAGACCCUUGGCCACUGGAUCGCUUCCUCAGCAUGACGGCCCGGUAUACCGACAGCUCUGCUGUCUCGCACCACACCGCUCCUACCGUUCAACGAGUGCUGGAAGUUAUCCACGAGCGAAAGCUUCGGCUUUCUCUGCCCACAUAUCGGAAACUCGCGCAGAACAAAUACAUUGCGGCCGAGCUAGGCAAGAACCUGCGCCUUAGGAAGGAAGGCGCUCCCAACGCCGACGAGCUUGUCCAUAUCUUCCGACACACCCGUCACGAGCGUCUGGCGAGACUCGCCAAACGCCAUCACAUCGACUAUCAUCUACGCAAAAGCAUUCUUGCUUCAACACCUCGACCUGUCGUCGAAUAUCUGCACGCUCUUCUGGACACCCGCACUACUGCUCCAACCGCCGGGGCCCGUACCUUGCACGAACGACCGUCCAACCCAGCGUAUGAACGCCAGAGUGCCUGGCUGGGUCGCUUAGCUGGCAUGUCCACGGACGUACAACGCGUAUCCUCUGUGGAUAUGCUCAAUUGGUUCUGGCAGCCUCGAAGCGCUGGCUUGCGGAACGCCUACGCCUACACGAUCCUCCUGAAUGGUCUCGCUCUCCGAAAGGACGACAAACGCAUCGUGCGUCAUUACGAGCGCAUGUCAAAGGACGGCGUGCCUAUUGAUCGAGUCGCCGCGGUGACCGUCGUCAAGGCCCUCGUUCAAUCUGACGAGGGUGAGCGGGCCCUGGAUCUCAUGCAUGGUGUGCACAAAGCGGGCCGUCUGCCCCGGAUAACGCCGAAGCGUCAACCUGUCCUUUCGGACGGAGGACUAUCUCCCGAUAUAUUGAAUGCGUUCGUGGCAUCCAUGCAGCACCGCCGUCAAGAACACAUGCCGUUCCACGUCUGGGACCAUGGGCGAGCUGCCUUUGGUUCUUCGCCAGACGCCAAUAGUCUUGCAGCCGUGCUCAUUGCCGCGCGCCAGGUGCAGACGCAUUAUGAGAGUGUCUCGCACUCCUUCCGACAGGCACUUUCCGGUGCCGGUCUUCUUCCUCGCCGGAGGAUCGAUCCGCGUUCACUUGCUGAAACGCGGGAAGAGGCGUUGCGGAAACUGCGCGAGGCGCUUCAUUCGAAGGAGCGAUAUAAUUGGCGCGGCGCUCCUGCUGCAGAGCGCGCGAGAGCUCUCUUCGUGUAUCUGCUCUUCGAGGAGCAUCCACGCCUGCGCAGCGUUCAUGAGCCGGAGCUUGUUCCCAGCGACCGCUGGACACCCCGAGGUCUCGCAAGACGGGUCUUCCAUCGCGACGUCGAGGAAGCCGAGUCGAUGGCCGAAGACCCAGCGCAUAUCCAACCUCUUCGCCUCGCGACCUCCGCCAGCAAGCCGGCUUUGAUUACAAAGGCUACGCUACGCGCAUACAUUCACCUACUCGGCCCCCAGCUCGACCAAGCGCGGGUUCUGGCAUGGGCCAGGGAGCUCGGCUUUCACGACCGCAAAAUCAUUGCGUUCGCAUUGGUAUACUUCGCUGAAGCGCUCUCGAACGAGGUCUCGGCUGGUCUCACGCAGGGCGGGGAAUAUCAUCAGCUGUUGAGAUGGGUGCGGGAGUGGGCGGGGGAUGCGGCUCCGAAUGAUGUGCAUCUUGCGAAGGCGAUGGAGCAGACCGUCGGGAUGCGGGGUGGUGCUGGAAGUCAAAUCGUGUGGUGA